AUGGCGGCCCCGGCCGGGGAGGCAGCGGGAGGCGGCGGCGGAUCCCCGUCCUCCGCCCGGCGGCGGCUGCGCAUCAUCUCCGGGCACCUGCGGGGCGCCCCGCGGGCCCCGGGCCGGGGAGCGCUCUCCCCGAGUCCCUGCAAGGCGCAGGGCGGCUCGGCCGGGCCGGCCUCCGGCUCCAUCCCGAAGAAGCGGCAAGAACUUUUGAAGUGGAAUGGAUGGGGAUAUAAUGACUCCAAAUUCAUCUUCAAUAAGAAGGGUCAAGCAGAAUUCACAGGAAAAAGGUACAGAUUAGGUGGUAUGGUAUUACCAACUUUUAAGGAAUGGAUAGAAAAAGCCUUUGGAGCAAGUCUGGAUCACAAAACUACCUCUAGAGCAUCCUUAAACGUUAAUGAUGUACCUCCAUCCAUUGUAAAUGAAGAAUUUCUUCAGGAUCUUAUAGCCACUAAAAUCUCAUACUCCCAGGAUGCAGAAGAUAGGGUAUUCAGAGCUCAUGGUCACUGCCUACAUGAGAUAUUUGUACUCAGGGAAGGAAUGUUUAAGCGAAUUCCUGAUAUAGUUGUAUGGCCUGUUUGCCAUGAAGAUGUAGUCAAAAUUGUGGAAUUAGCCUGCAAACACAAUCUCUGCAUAAUACCAUUUGGUGGAGGGACAAGUGUCUCUAGUGCCCUUGAAUGUCCUGAAGAAGAAAAAAGAACAAUUGUCUCACUGGAUACAUCACAAAUGAAUCGGAUUCUCUGGAUAGAUGAGAAAAACUUAACAGCUUGUGUAGAAGCUGGCAUUGUUGGACAAGAUCUGGAAAAACAGCUUGCUGAAAGUGGCUUCUGUACAGGCCAUGAACCAGACUCCAUGGAGUUCAGCUCGCUAGGAGGAUGGGUAGCAACACGAGCAUCAGGCAUGAAAAAAAACAUCUAUGGAAACAUUGAAGAUCUGGUGAUUCAUAUAAAAAUGGUAACUCCUAGAGGAAUAGUAGAAAAAAACUGUCAAGUACCUCGCAUGUCAACAGGACCUGAUAUCCAUCACUUCAUUAUGGGAUCUGAAGGAACCCUUGGAGUGGUUACUGAAGUUACGAUAAAGAUUCGUCCAGUCCCUGAGUACCAGAAGUAUGGCUCUGUGGUCUUCCCCAACUUUGAAAGAGGGGUGGCCUGCUUAAGGGAAGUGGCAAAACAGAGAUGUGCUCCUGCAUCAAUUCGCCUUGUCGACAACGCACAGUUUCAGUUUGGUCAUGCUCUUAAACCACAAGUUGCUUCCAUUUUUACAUCAUUUUUGGAUGGACUGAAGAAAUUCUACAUCACGAAGUUUAAAGGAUUUGAUCCCAAUGUACUGUGUGUAGCUACCUUGCUCUUCGAGGGUGAUAGAGAGAAGGUUCUUCAACAUGAAAAACAAGUCUAUGAUAUUGCCACCAAGUUUGGUGGCUUGGCAGCAGGAGAAGAUAAUGGACAGAGAGGAUACAUGCUGACAUUUGUCAUCGCGUACCUUCGGGAUCUGGGCCUGGAUUACUAUGUAAUAGGAGAAUCAUUUGAGACAUCUGUUCCUUGGGAUAGGGUUUUGGACCUUUGUAGAAAUGUAAAGGAAAGGAUAGUAAGAGAAUGCAAAGAAAAGGGUGUUCAGUUUCCUCCUCUUUCCACCUGUAGGGUGACACAGACCUACGAUGCAGGUGCAUGCGUCUACUUCUACUUUGCCUUUAACUACAGAGGAAUUAGUGAUCCUAUUCAUGUCUAUGAACAAAUUGAGAGAGCUGCUAGAGAAGAAAUACUUGCCAAUGGAGGAAGUCUUUCACAUCACCAUGGAGUAGGCAAAUUGCGGAAGCGCUGGAUGAAGGAGAGCAUCUCUGAUGUUGGCUUGGGAAUGCUGAGAUCUGUUAAAGAAUAUGUGGAUCCCAAUAAUAUCUUUGGAAACAAAAAUCUUUUAUAAAGCCCUGCACAAAUGAUGUACUAAAAAUUAAAAAUUACAGUUGAAAUUCCUCCACUUUAUUGUAUUGAUAUCCCAGUAAUCAAAUAUAACAUAGAUUAAACUUUAAAAACUAGUAAUUUACAUUGCUUUUUUGCUACUCCCUUCCCUCUCCCCCCAAUAAAGUAUAAACAUCACUGUUAAUGUUUAUGGACUUUUACUUACAAUGCUCUUAACCCACUGGGCACGAAGUACCCACCAGGAAAUGCAGAUUUGUUUUCCAAGUUCGGUGUAACACAGCUGACAGUAUUUUCAAUGCUGGAUACUGCCAGAUGUUUCUUACUUAAAGCAUCCACUGCAAGGAGGACAAAGACUGACAACUCUGUUUUCUACAGAAGCAGCUGCUCAACCCAGCCUCUUGCUAAAGGAAAGCUGCUAAGAGACAGGUGAGGGAACACCAAGGAGUACCUCACUGUACUGAAGGAUUAAGCAUGUAACAGACUUGUAACCAGCAAAUACUUAAGAGUACAAAUAUAGGCUUUGAUCAAAAGAGACAGUGUAAGCCAAAUUACUAAAAACUCAGUAGUCUCUCACUGUAGUACUACUUGAAAAUUAUACACAGUUGAACCGUUCUGAGUUGUAUUUGCAUUGCUGGGAUAAUCUUAAAUUAAUUGUAGGUCAGUCACUAGUUUUGUACAAUGGACAUUUCUCACUGUAUGUUGAAAACAGGUUUGUAACAAAAUUUUGCGUUCAUCUGUACUUCAGUCCUAGUGUGUAUAGUUUUUGUUCCUGUUUUGUUUGUUUUGCAUAGAUGCAAAAUACCUUUAUCAGUUAAAAAAAAAAGUUUUGGCUAUUCAAAUGAAACUGCCCAGCACUGUCUUUUGAAACAGUCUCAACAGUUUAAUAAAACACAACCUAAUGUUAUCCUGGAAGUGAGAUUUCCCAUUUAAGUUUUGUACAGUUUCCUAUGGCCUUUAUGAAUCAUUUAUUUACUUCACAAGUAGCAACAAUUUUAAUUGUCCAUUGAACUUUAUGAAAAUUAAAUAUUUUCUUGAUCAGUAUCAUGUGAGAGUAAGCAUUUUUACAUUGAAACUAAAUAAACUAAAAGUAUUUGUCAGUACUCAUGAUCCAUUUUUAAGGUGGGUUCUUUCUUAAAGCAAAUUAUCCAAUUUUUUGAUAAUUAAUGUAAAUGCUUAGGAUAGAAGAAAUACAGACUAUCCUUUGAGGACACUGUCUCUCUAGCCAACUGCUUCACAGCUCUGUAGUGUCAAUUUGGACACCUUUUGUAUUGGUAGUGCCCUUAAUGAGGAGAAAAAGAUAAAUUGCAUUUUUGUUUUUAAACUAUUUUAGAAUACUGUCUCAUUAGCUCUCAGUUUUGGUAAUAUACCAAAAAGAGUAUGAAGUGCUUGAAAAUAUACUGCAUAUCAGAAACUCUGAACUUGUUUAAAGACUAAUUUCAAUGCUGUACUUAAAAUUACUGAAAAACAUGAACACUCAAAACAUCACUUUAAAAAUGCAUGCUGUCGAGGUAUUUAAACUUUUUUAUGAUCUGCAGGUCGUAAGGCAGAAUGUUCAUGUGGUACUUAUAAUGCAGCUACAUUUAAUUUUGAAUGGUCUUUGUCUCACAACAUUUCAACAUAAAAAUAUAUAAUUUUUUUCUCUCCCACAGAGUUCAUAUUUCAGAAGUAACUAAAACAAUAGGUGUAGUCUGUUUUAGGAAACUGAGCCUUCACACUGUGGUUAAGUGUUCCUUAAGUACACAAAGGUGUCUCAGCAAAGUGAAUCUGCACGUUUUUGUGCAGAGCACUCCCUCAUCUCACCUGCUGCACAGUGGUGAUACACAGCUGGUGUAUUGCUGAUGACUUGUAUUGCUCUGAAGUGGAGACCUUUCUAGAAGCUGGUAAAUAUGAAGGGUGUUUAUGUGCCUCAAUGAAAGUUUAUGUCUAACUACGAAGAAUUAAUUUUGAAGGAAAGUAUGUGAAGCUUUUUUGCAGAAUGACAGCACAAAGAGAACUAGAACAAGUACUCAUAGCUUAGUUAAUACUGGUCUCUUAAGAUUUUGACUAAAGUACAACACAGCUCUACAAUGUCCUUCCCAUUUUUUAAUUUUCUCACUGUGGUUUGCUCAUCUCUUUUUUUGUAUUGAAAGUACACAGGUAAAAUCUCCUUAUACUCUCUAACGUUUAAAUAGCCUCGACUUCUGAAGUGAUUUAAAACGUAGUAAAGAUUUUUACUGUAUGUCAACUGUCAUAUGGAAAAGUGAAAUAACAGGCUCUAAGGUCUCAAAGCACUGUCACUGGAUAGCUCUGAGGAAAAGAUUAACUACAAAUGUAAUGGAUUUUUUUUUCUACUGGCUGCCCUGUUACUGUCUUCCUAAGUAUUUCUCUGUCUUAUGAACCCGUCAGAGCUUAGUGAAACUACAGCUGAAACAUGUAUUACUGUCUUUAACUUCACUUUUAAAUUCCUAGUGAAAAUAAAAAAAAAAUGUAAUGCAAGUUCAGAAGACCUAGAUACACACAAAUCAUUCAACAUUUAAAUGAAAUCUUACUUUCACUGAUUCUACAGUCUUCCACCACUCUUUCUUCUGUAUCUCUACUUUCUAUAGACUUCACUUCCUGUAGCUGCAGCCUGUUCAGAGAUGGAGUUCGAUCCAUGCAGAUCAGAAGUGCCGAUGCCUAACACGUGACUUUUGCAUUUGCUUGACUAUUUUGGCCAUAUGUAAGUUACAAGCAGUUUAAAUUAAGCUUGUAAUUACUUCCAAUUACAUAGCUUCUGCUCCCUUUGAAGGAGGAAAGGUGCAGAGUGGCUAUGGUUUGACUGUAAAAUAUGUUUACAUUGGAGAGACCUUUAUAGAAGUUUUGAGGGGAAAGAAGCAAAUCUGUUAGAAGUUGAUCCAGGAUCUAAAUCUUGCAGUCAAAGAAAAACAUGUCUUGAUUUGACUCAUAGUAUAUUGGUUAAGUUAGAGAUGUCAUCUUUGCCUUACAGCUGUGAACAGAGGCCAGGCCAAAUAGUUCUUCUGUAGCAAUGUUAAUUAACUGAAACAAAUCUCAAAGGCAGGGAUACAUUAGCACUGAAAUCCAGAAAACACAAAUUGCUUCUCAAUCUUGGAAAUGUGUGUUUAUCAAGGUUGUAAUUUAAUUUUCUGCAAAUAAAGCCAAACAGUGUUUGUCAUUUUAGUGUGAGAUUAACUGUAAAACUUCAGUUGUAAUGUUAAGAGAUUACAGAACCUUAUAUUAUUAAUAAAAAGAAAAUUGGCCUAAACAAGUA